AACAAAAUCGCGAGAGGUUUCCCCUCCACAGUAGAAACACCACUUCUGUGGAGUUGUGUGAGAGAAGCAUGUCUUCUCAAUCUUGUUUUCUCCUCGUUUCCAGCCCCAAACUCUCUCGGCGCCUUCGCUGGCCGAAAAACAAAGACCAGCAUUCAUUUCCUGUCGGGCGGAUUCGUAGUCCGCAGAAGUGCAGGAGCAGCCGGCUGGAUUCUCGCCGAACAGUAAUGGUCAGCGCUGGCGCCGGUGCGCCAAUGAUGGAUAGAGAGAUAGACCGGUUCUCUUCGGUGGCAAACAAGAUGGCGGACGCUGCUGGAGAGGUCAUCCGGAAGCACUUCCGCCAAAACUUCGCAAUCUUUGACAAGGACGAUCUUAGUCCUGUGACUAUCGCCGACAGGGAUGCGGAGGAGUCGAUGUGCUCGAUUAUAAUGAAGAAUUUUCCAUCUCAUGCGAUUUUUGGGGAGGAGAAUGGCUGGAGAUGCAAGGAGAAUUAUGCUGAUUAUGUUUGGGUUUUGGAUCCUAUUGAUGGCACCAAGAGCUUCAUUACUGGAAAACCUCUAUUUGGCACUCUUAUUGCUCUUCUCUACAAGGGGAAACCGAUUGUUGGCAUCAUUGACCAACCUAUUCUGAGAGAGAGAUGGAUUGGGAUAGAAGGGAAACCAACCACACUCAAUGGACGGGAAGUAUCUACAAGGACCUGCAGCAAACUUUCUCAAGCCUACCUCUAUAGUACAAGCCCACAUCUUUUUAGUGGUGAGGCUGAAUUGGCUUUCAACCGUUUGAGAAAUAAGGUGAAGGUGCCUUUAUAUGGUUGUGAUUGUUAUGCAUAUGCGCUUCUAGCUUCUGGGUUUGUGGAUCUGGUCGUUGAAUCUGGGCUUAAGCCCUAUGAUUUUCUCUCACUGAUUCCAGUGAUAGAAGGAGCUGGGGGAUAUCUAACAGACUGGAAAGGAAAUAAGCUUCACUGGUUGCCAUCUCCUGACUCCCGCGUUACAAGUUUCAAUGUGGCGGCAGCUGGUGACCUCGAGAUGCACAGGCAGGCCCUGGAGGUUUUACAAUGGCGGUGAAGUAUCCAUCCCUGGAAGAUAAUAUAGCAGAUUAUUGGUCUUAUCAAUAGUUUAGAGAAUCAGACUUCUGUCCAUUGAAUACAUUGUUAGGAAUAAAAUUUGAAAAGUCAUGAUCUAAAUGCAAUUAGAACAAAAUAAAGUUCCAUAACUUUGGUUUUAUUAUUGGAAAUAAAGUUAAAUUGGUUGCACUUGCAUAUUCA